GAGCUCAACCACAUCACCAACGUACACUAAACCUUAGCUCGUACCACAGGACCUCUGCCCGGGACUCCCACCUGAUAUGCCAGUGUUCACUGGACACCAUGGGGCCAUUUCACACUUCAGGCAUUACAGGACUUCAGCACACUAUUAACAUGGAUGGCAGGGACGAAUUCACCGAGGACAGUGAAUGCUGCAGCAACAACUCCCAGGAAGUCCAAGGGCAGGAUAGCAUCUCAGAAGACAGCGAUAGUGACCCUGACAACCACGGUGAAGACUCGUCCUCCAACACCUCUGCUGACGACCACAUGACCACCAAGAGAACACAGUGCCGCCUACAAGGAGCGGUCAAAGAGGAGAGCGAGGAAGGUGCAGACCACAUCAACAACUUUGUCUGUCCUCUCUGCACAUUGGAUUUCAGCAGCCCUGAGAAGCUCAUAUCCCAUGUCUACCAGCACACGACUAUGAUGAGCAACACCAAGAGCUAUGUGUGCCCAGUGUGUGGGCGAGCCCUGAGUUCGCCUGGCUCACUUGGUCGGCAUCUUCUCAUCCAUUCCGAGGACCGCCUCUCCAACUGCGCUGUCUGUGGCACACGCUUCACUGACACCAACAACUUUAACAGGGAGAAACUUAAAGAUGUCCUUGACGUAACCAGGAUGGAUGUCACUGGUGGAAGGGACACCUGUUCCAUGUCCCAGUCCCUCUCCAGCAGCCCCAUGGACAGCCCGGGCCCCGGCACUCGCUCCUGCCAUGGACCAGGCCCCAGCCCCAGUUCAUGUCAGGGUCCUCGCUCAUGUCAAGCACCUGACCCCAGUCCCAACUUAUGUCAAGCCCAUCGUACCUGCCAGGGACCAGGCAAUGUCACGAGCCCGUGUCAAGGCCCCAGAUCAUGUCAUGGCCACGGCCUGGGAUCUGGACCAUGCUCAGGCCCUGGACCAUGCACAGGCUCUGACCAAGGACCCUCCUUUCCCUCGCUGCCCGACAGUCUCCUCUCCGAAGGGCCAUCACUCGCAGCUAUCCCUGAUGCUCUUAACUCCUCUUCCUUAGGCCUUCCUCCUAUCCCCGACAUCCUGAGCCCUAUGCCGGUCUAUCCUGCCGGGGUGCUGCUCGUGUGCAACAGCUGCGUGGCCUAUCAGCAGUUAGUGGAGGCCCAGUCGCCGAUGCGGAAAUGGGCUCUGCGUAGGAAGAACGAGCCCUUGGAGACUCGCUUGCAGCGUCUAGAGCGUGAGCGCACGGCAAAGAAGAACAAACGGGCGUGUGAGACGGAAGAGGAGAGGGAACUGAGGAGGCUGCGGGACCGCGAGGCCAAGCGCAUGCAGAGGAUGCAGGAAACAGAAGAGCAGAGGGCGCGCAGGCUGCAGAGAGACAGGGAGGCCAUGCGCUUAAAGAGGGCCAACGAGACGCCCGAGAAGAGGCAGGCCAGGCUGAUCCGUGAGAGGGAGGCAAAGAGGAUCAAGCGACGGCUGGAGAAGAUCGACCCUGCUCUGAGGACACAGAUAGAGCACGAUCCUGCUGCGAUGGCUGCCCUCACAGCAGACAUGAGUCUCUUUCAGUUCCCCUGCCCUAUGCCAGUCCCUUCCAUUGAUAAUGGUCUGUUCAUGAAGCUGCCCUAAUUGGACCAGGCACUGGGGGAUGGGGGGGCCACACUAACUGGCGUCUAAUCAGCAUUAUUAACCUCUGCACUCCACCAUCAGGCUGCCAUGAUCACAUCAAACCAUUCCUAGCUGGUUGACUCCCGGCAUCUUCUGUGUCAAACAGCAUCACACACAAACUGCUUUGCUAAAUAUAGCAAAAACUACAUCAUUUUCUAAUUUAUUACAGUUUAGAAAACCCUGGGGACAGGGUUGAGAAUGUUUCAUAUUGUAUGGAUGAUGACAUAAAAGCAUGUUGUAAAGAGAUUUAUCUGUUUGUCAGUGGACUAGCAGAUUUAACACAGUUCAUUCUAGUAGGAGCAGUUAUACUUCCUUUGAGGGAAAAAAAUGUUUUGCACAUCGACCUUCAGUGACGGGAGUGGGGACUUUGUAGCCACAGCUCCCUCCUCUCUGGUCCCCUCCGCCAGCCCAGUGACUCGGGUUUUACCGGUAGCUACACCUCUCUCUUCGAGCUGCCACCGCGGGUCCCUUGGAAGGUCAUAUUCAGUCAAACUACUACCUCAGCUGGCGCCGUGGUCGCGCCCUCUGUCCUGUGGCUUACUGCGUUCCAACUCCAAGCUUCCAAAGCUCUAUAUGUACUGUAGACUACUACAGAGGAUGCGGGUUGUUUUCCACAAUUUGUGUUUGCAUUUAUCGCUCAGGCACUUUAAUAGGACACAACAUUCACCGGAGGAGCAACUGAUUUACAAACACACCAGUACCACAUGUAUUUCCCAGGUUUGGUUAUAACGUUUCUUAACAGAUAAACUCUGAAUGUUUGGUCCUAUUGAACACGCCCAGUGUCGAGCAACAUUCCCCCUCAUCUCCUGAGUUGUACAUCUUAAUGCAUUCACCUCUUUACAUUCUCUUUGCCAAUAUUUGAAUCUGUGUUCUUUUCAUUACGCUCCUACACUCCGA